CGUCCCAUAUUUGGCUGCAGCUUCCUGUGACAGCACGUCGCUUCACGAUGGUGUGCAUGUCGCGCGUGUGGCAGCGGGGCUCCGCAUUUGCCGCGCGGCUUCGAACGAAGGACUGGACGUGCAGGUUGGCGGGCCUUUCAGUCAGAUACUACAGCACCAAGACGGCACCUCACAUACCAGGCAUGGAGUACCAGGAUGCCAUUUGCACUCUGAACACGCUGCAGACUAACGCCAGUGCUCUGGAGCAGGUACGAAGAGAGCGGAGCCACCCUCAGAUGCAGCUUCAGGCCAUGAGGGGCUUCCUGGAACGAGCCGGACUCAAAGUGGAGGAUCUAGACCAUCUCAAUAUCAUUCAUGUGACGGGAACAAAGGGCAAGGGCUCGACGUGUGCGUUCACCGAGCAGAUUCUGAGAGGUCACGGCUUCCGCACGGGAUUUUACAGUUCCCCUCAUUUGGUCCAAGUCAGGGAGAGGAUUCGAAUAAACGGACAGCCAAUUGGGAAAGAGCUCUUCACUAAAUACUUCUGGCAGGUUUAUGGACGGCUGGAGGAAACUAAGGAUGCCCAUGGAGGGUCCAUGCCUGCAUACUUCCGUUUCCUCACCAUCCUGGCCUUCCAUGUGUUUCUUCAGGAGAAGGUGGAUUUAGCUGUGAUUGAAGUUGGUAUUGGUGGAGCAUAUGACUGCACCAACAUUAUAAGGAAGCCAUGGGUGUGUGGUAUCACCUCUCUGGGUAUAGACCACACUCAGAUUCUUGGAGACACCAUUGAAAAGAUCGCUUGGCAAAAAGGAGGCAUCUUCAAGCCAGGGGUUCCUGCUUUCACAGUCAAACAGCCAGAAGACGCGAUGGCUGUGCUCAGAGACAGGGCCAAAGAGAUAAGAUGUCCUCUGUGGGUGUGUCCAGAGCUGGAGGACUACCAGGCAGACUGUGGACCUUUACAUCUGGGCCUGGCUGGACAGCACCAGCGCUACAACGCCUCCCUGGCCCUCCAGCUAAGUCACACUUGGCUGCAGAAAAGAUGCAUACCAGAAGAAAGCUUUCCCUCCUCCACUGUUGAGAACACAGGAGGUGUACUUCAGGCGACUUCCUUCAAGCCCAGCCCCAUCAUGGUGAAAGGGCUGGCAGACACAGUGUGGUCUGGAAGGAACCAGACUGUGAAACAUGGAGCGCUCACGUAUUUCUUAGAUGGAGCUCACACCAUGCGCAGUAUGCAGGCCUGUGCAGACUGGUUCACAGAGGCUGCAGCUCAGCACGAAAGGAAUGCAAGUGGACCUGUGGCCAGAGUCUUGCUGUUCAAUGCCACAGGAGAGAGGGACUCAGCUGCCAUGCUCAAAGUUCUAGUGUCAUGCCACUUUGACUUUGCCGUGUUCUGCCCAAACAUCACUGAAGCCAUCGCUUUUUGUAACGCAGAUCAGCAGAACUUCAACGUCUCCGUGGAGAACAUGCUGACUCGCUGCUUGGACAAUGAGAGGAGCUGGCAUCUCCACAACAAGGUGGGAGAUAACAAAGGUCCACAGCUGCUCAUUGAGGACAGCCUCCCCCUGAACAGUGAAAAGAAAGCAGACACCCUGGUCUUCCCCUGCAUCCUCAGCGCCCUCCAGUGGAUCACUCAGGGCAGGGAUUCAGUGGUGGCAGACUUGGCUAACACCGUCUUGCCGGUUAAGCCCAACGUCAUGGCCAAAGCCGCUCCGCUCCGUGAUGCAGCUGAGAUCCACGUCCUCAUCACUGGAAGCCUCCACCUCGUGGGAGGAGUACUCAAACACCUCGACCCAGCUUCUUCCAAGUGAAUGGACCGUGUGAAACUGGCUGAGUGAAUUUCAAUACAGUUGAAUAAUGGAUGGGCGUUAAUGGGUGUUGAUUUUGUACGUAUUUACCUUGGUGGAAGAAAAAACACUUUCUCUCUGUGUAGAUGAGGCUUUUGUGAUAGUAGGUUUUUGAAUAUUGAUUUUAGGUGUUGACCUGAAUGGGAUUAGCUGCACUAAGGUAUCGUUGUCCUCAUAGCCUCCCAGCUGUGGCUGAUGCUAGGAGCCCGAUAGUUUAGACCGAGGCAGCUCCGGGCUUCACAGCAGCCCCAGCUUCACCCAGAGCCUUACAGAUGUCUUCACAAAUGCGUGGAGCUCAUCUCUUUACUUUUAACUUGACGCCAAAUAUGUUUACACAAAUUACAGUGGCUGCAUUCGUGCACACCACAUUGUGUCACUGAGUUGACCAAACAGAAAAUGUGUGUGUGCGCUUCAGUGAUCACUCAUGACACCUGGAUGAACCAGAGUGGUGUGAUGAUGGUUAUUGUAUUACAUUUAUAUCAAAGCUGCACAUUAAUGGUAGGUGCCGCAAAGUGCUACAUGGACAACGUGGAGUUAUGAGUUUUUGUAUGUGGAACACCUGAGUAUUACCUUUAACAUACUUUUUUUUUUUUUUUUUUUUUUUUUUUUUAAAUGUAAGACAUUUUGCACAAUUUGUAUUUUUAUUUUGUCAGGAUUUGACAAAGUGCUUCAUGCACAAGGCCUCUUCAUCUUUGUUAUAGAUGUGUAAGUAUUCUAACACAAAUGUUAGCAUCAGAUGUCAAUCAUAUUCUGUGUAAUUUAUUUUACAAUGGGAUUGUGGUGAUAUUUUAAUGGUCCUUGAUUCAAUUUAAAUUAUCUGAUCAUACAUAUAGUUUUUAUAUAUAUGUAUCUAUGUAUAAUGGUGAACUGUAGGGAAAAAUACACUUACCUGUUGUCGGGGUGAUCCAUCAGUGAAGCUAACAGGGGUCAUAAGCUUCACAGGUGGUGGUUCAGCAGCAUCCAUUCACCCCAUAAGCUCAAAUUCCGUUUCGUCUGAAA